CAGAAGCAACUUAACUUUUCUGAUGAAUAUUUUUGAAUCAUCGUUUACCGAGUUCAACUACGGCACACACCAGCACUCUGAUACAUCUUCUUCGUCAGAAACAAGCUCCUCAAACCAUAAUAAUGCAGAAACGUUUUUGGCAUCUGAGAGACCUAAGAAGCGAACAGGUAGAAGAGUAUUCAAGGAGACAAGACACCCUGUGUAUCGAGGAAUACGAAAGCGGAACAAUAACAAGUGGGUUUCUGAAAUGCGAGUUCCUAACAGUAACAAAUGCAGUAAGUCAAGGAUUUGGCUUGGAACAUAUCCUACACCAGAAAUGGCUGCACGUGCACACGAUGUUGCUGCACUCGUUCUUAAGGGGAAAUCAGCUUGUCUUAAUUUUGCCGACUCGGCAUGGCGGUUGAGGUUGCCGGAGUCAAAUGAUGCGGAGGAGAUAAGGAAAGCUGCAAUGGAAGCUGCUGAGUUGUUUGCUGUUGAGGACAACAGUGAUGGAGGGGCCAUUGAAGAUUCCAAUGAUAAGCAUGUUAUGACGGAAAUGGAAGACAUGCAUGAUUUGCUUUUGAGAAUUGCAAAUGAGCCAUUACGUUCUCCUUCUCCAUCUAUCACAGAUUAUGCUACUAACUGGGGUGAUAUGGAGAUAUUCGACACUCAAGUUUCAUCAUUGUGGAACUUUUCUAUUUGACAUGCUACGGUCUUCUUAGGGUUUCAAAUUCCUUUUGUUGGAUUUCAAUUAAAUUUCGAACACACACUACUAAAAAUGUAAUUAGUUAAAAUUUGUUGUUAGUUUCUCACUUAUUUCCUUUGUAUAAG